AGGCACCACGAGGGAAAUCUGAAGGACUUCCACGCAGUGAGUCAAAAGACGGUCAAGGAGCUAUUUGAGAUUUGCAAGUUCAGCAGCUUGGCAGAUGUCCCAGGGGUAAUCCAGGCUAUGCUGGCCAACCCCACUCAAAUCCAUCUGAAUGUAGCUCUGAUUGGGGAAACAGGCUCAGGAAACUCCUCCCUGAUCAACGCGCUGAGAAGAGCAGGCGCUGAAGAGGCAGGGGCAGCCCCUACCGGAAUAGCCGAGACCACCAGGGUAGCCACAGCCUACCCAUUCCCUUCCGUCCCUAACAUGUUCCUUUGGGAUUUGCCAGGCGUGGGGUUGAUGGAGGAUGACGUGAAGCGCCUGGACCUCAGCCGCUACAGCGCCUUCCUCCUGGUGGCCUCGGAGCGCUACAAGCACAUCCACAGCUGUCUGGCCAAAAUGAUUGCUUCGGAAGGGAAACAGUCUUUCUUUGUGAGGAACAAGAUCGACGUAGACGUGGAGGCUCCAGGCGGAAGCCAACCCAACGUGAAGGAGAAACUUCAGGAACAGAUCCGGAAGAGCUGCGUGGAAGCUCUGAAGAACGAUGGUGUGGAAUGUCCGGUCUUCUUGGUCUCCUCCUUCAUGGCUGAAGCCUACGACCUGCCUCUCCUUAGGGAAGAACUCCAGAAACGGGCGGCCGAGUUGAAGAGGAAGGCGUUGAGGAGAGCAAUCCCAACCGUCGUCUCCCAGCUGGUGAGACUCAAGAGCAAAGUGCUGAUGAAGGACGUGUGGGGGAAGACUUUGCAAGUUGGCCUCUCCUCGGUGGAUGGCUUCAAGGAGACGGAGGUCAAGAAGCUCCUGGCCAUCAUCGCCAGUUUCUGCAUCCACCUCGGUCUGAACGAAACAUCGGUCGCGAGGACAGCCCAGUGUACUGGCAAAGAAAUCCACUGGCUUCAUGAACAGAUCCAAAGCCGUUUUGCCUGCUCAAUGCCCCCCACCGAGGUGCUCAACCUCAUAGUGAAGCCUCCCUCGUGGGGCAACUGGGCGUGGAGCUACAUGCCCUACUGGGGCAGAGGAGGUAAAGUGGAGGCUACAAUCUCGGUGGAGAACGUUUACAACCUGUUGAAGCAAGCUGUGGUCGAGCUGUCCGAAGAUGCGGAGAGGCUGCUGCUGGCAGCCUUCUCGGAGGACUAGAGGUGGAGGGAUAGAUUGGGGGAGGAAAGCCCACAACCUCUUCAUCCCACUUUAAAAGCAGCGGAGAGAAAAGUAACGGAAGCGUCCCUGUGAUAGGACACGAUGAGGCAAGAGCAAAGAUUGCUUGGCAUAGUGUCCUGUGUUAGUGGUGGCGACGAUGGUGGGGGGUUUUUUUUGGGAAGGACCCAGCAAGACUUGUCUGCAGAAACUUAAGAAAUGGAAAACCAGUGCUAAGCCUGUACCCCUUUGCAAUGCUGACACACACAUUGUAGUGUCUCUCAACCUUGACAACUUUUAAAAUGUGUGGACUUCCAACUCCCAGAAUUCUAGGAGUUGGAAGUCCACACAUCUUAAAGUUGUCAAGGUUGAGAAAUACUGGUUGAGUUGUUCUUUACACGAAGCAGUUCCUAUUACAGAGAAAUCAACGUUCUUCGUAUGAAGCCGUUCCUAUUAUUACAGAGAAAUCAACUGCUUGCUUACGUGCUAGGAUCCUGGCUUACAAUACUGGUCUUAUAUAGUGAGAAGCUGGUUUAUUUUUUCUUUAAACAGUAAACGUAUCUUAUGCUAGGACAGGCUCCAUACAGCUUGGCCUGAUCAGGGAAACGCACCCUGUGCCUAAAUGUCUUUGAAUUCCCCAGAUGUGCACAUGCUUUAAAGAAAAAAAAAAGCUGCUUUUUGUCCAGGAGAAUUUUAAUUCUGUAGAUUGAGUCGUUUAAAUUUUGUUUCUCCUGGAAGUAGGUUUCAUGUUACAGAGUUAUUAGAAACACUGUUCA